CAUCAUUUCUUUGUAAAUUCGGAUUUCCAUGGGAGCUGGAACGGAAUCUCCUCUGCUUGCUGCAGACUCUCAGAGUGCAAUGCAACUAGUUUACGUGCUGCAUCCAAGGCAGGAUUUAGGGACUUACCGAGAAGAGCUGCAACGUCUGGUUUUAGGCAACUGACUCCCACAGUCACCAGGAGAAAAAAAAAAACAAGUUUGCCUGCUGGCGAUGGCAAAUGCCCAGUACUAUAACCCAGAGCUCCAGUAACUGCUGCGAGCCACUGUAACCACCCCAAUCCAGCACCCAGAAACAGCCUUAGCCACAGCUGGCUAGUUACAGCACGUGAACUUUGCUUUCUACCUUGUGGUGGUGGGGGAGAGAGCAAAGCCCAGGUCUCUCUCCAAGCUUGCCCGGCCCUCAGGCCGCAGGGACAGAGCUGGGCAUCGCUCCCCUUCGAAGCUGGACUGCGGGAUCCUUCCAGCUCGCCCCAGAGACGGGGUGGGAGGAAGGGAGCUUACUGCUGGCGCUGCGGGGAGAAAGCUCUGACACCUCUGUCACUUGGCAGUGGCAGGAAGAAGCAGCACAGCGUGUACUGAGGCACACAGACGGGAUUUGGGAGGCACGCGGAGAGACGUGGCUGAUGCUGCUGUGAGCAAGAGCCGUGCUGCUGUCUGGGGGAGCCCAGGGCCCUGGCAGCGGGCAGGAGCGCGCUGCUCAGCAGGGGAAGAAGCAGCAGAGCCCCGGCCAGGGCUGGGAUCGCGCCCCGAGCUGGGCUGCCUCCCAGCACCUCAUUUAGCCUAAUCCCCAAACGCCACCAAACCCCCUUCCCUCCCCUCGCGCUGUGCCCGCGCACCAGCUGACAAAGAAGCUCCGGUUCUUUAUUUUGCCUCUCCACCAAACGCCCCAACGAAGCGAGCCCUUCCCCAUCUCCCUCCCCAGGGCUUCCCUCACGCCGGGCCGGGGCUGUAGCCCCCGAUCCCCUCCGGGGCCGGGCGGAGGGGACCGAAGGGCUAAAAAAAACCCCUCCGGCAGCGGGAGGGAGGCAGGAGGGCGGCGAGGCCGGCGGGGGGCGAGCUGCCCGGCGCUCCCCCGCCGCCUUCCCCCCGAGCCGCUGUCAGGUACGGCGAGGAGGGGUAGGGGCCCGGGGAGGAGAUGGCUGGAGGCUUUCCAGCCCCGGCUCACGCAAUGCAAACUCCGCACGCAACGGGGAGGCGACAGGCGGAGGAGGGGAAGCUCGGCGGCUCCCUCAAGCCCCCCCCUCCCCAUCCCCGAGAUGCAGGGAGACGGUGCCUCCUGACACAAGAGGGGCUGCUGCGAGCCUCCCGGCCGCUCUCCUCCGCCGUGAAUAAAAAAAAAAAAAUAAAGAAAGAAAAAAAAAAAAAAAAGGAAAAAAAAAAGCAUCCGGCGGCUCAGCCGCUCGGCUUGGCGACGGCCCAAGGGCGGCUGGCAAAUAGCGGCGACCCCUCCGGCCAGGGGAAGGGCGAUUUGUCAGCGGGGCCAAGUGCGGCACGCCCGCAGCGCAGCGCACCGCGGAUGCCGGGGGAUUUAAAGCCGCGGCUCCCCAUGCCAGGAGCCCAGGCGAGGCUGCUCCGGCUCCGGCUCGGGCUCGGCAGGGCGGGCGGCCCCCCUCUCGCCCCCUGAAUCCUCCGCACCCUUCCCCCGUGGAGGCUGCGGCAGGUGGCUGCCGGCGGGGCGAGCUCCGACGGGUGAAAGCGGCCCCAUGGGGGGCAGGAGCCGGGGCUCCCGAUGAGAUUCCCAGAGCCCGGGAUCUGAACGCCGAUCUCAGCAGCUGCCCGGCUCCUCUCCAUCCUCCCCGAGGGCUCCGAUGGAGGCUGCGUGCAACAGCAUGGCCCUGGAGAGGCUGGGGGAAGCCCUGCGCGGCCCCCCGGCCCCGCAGAGCUGCCUGCUGCUCCUCGUCUGCCUGCUGGCCGCCGUGCACCUGGGCAAGCUCCUCCUGCAGCGGAGACGCCGGCGGCGGCAGGGCGAGCGCCGGGGGCCUCCGGGCCCUUUUCCCUGGCCCCUGAUCGGCAACGCGGCGCAGCUGGGCAGCGCCCCGCACCUCUCCUUCGCCCGCCUGGCCGGCACCUACGGCGCCGUCUUCCAGCUGCGCCUGGGCCGCUGGCCCGUGGUGGUGCUGAACGGCGAGCGGGCCAUCCGGCAGGCGCUCGUCCGCCAGGGGGCCGCCUUCGCCGGCCGGCCGGCCUUCCCCUCCUUCCAGCUGGUGUCGGGAGGGCUCAGCCUGGCCUUCGGCGGCUACUCGGAGCUGUGGAAGCUGCACCGGCGGGCGGCGCACGCCACGGUGCGGGCUUUCUCCACCGGCAGCCCGGCCACCCGCCGCCUGCUGGAGCGGCACCUGCUGGGCGAGGCGAGGGCGCUGGUGGCGCUGCUGGUGCGGGGCAGCGCCGGCGGCGCCUUCCUCGACCCGUCGCGGGUGCUGCUGGUGGCCGUGGCCAACGUGAUGAGCGCCCUGUGCUUCGGCCGCCGCUACAGCCACGGCGACGGCGAGUUCCUGCGCCUGGUGGGGCGCAACGAGCAGUUCGGGCGCGCCGUGGGCGCGGGCAGCCUGGUGGAUGCGCUGCCCUGGCUGCGCCGCUUCCCCAGCCCCGUGCGCGCCGCCUACCGCGCCUUCCGCGACCUCAACCGCGAUUUCUACGCCUUCGUCCGCCGAAAAUUCCUCCAGCACCAGCGCAGCCUGCGGCCCGGAGCCGCCCCCCGCGAUAUGAUGGACGCCUUCAUCCGCCUGCAGCGGGAGCAGCCGCGCCUGCAGCUCGAGCACGUCCCCGCCACCGUCACCGACAUCUUCGGUGCCAGCCAGGACACGCUGUCCACCGCCCUGCAGUGGCUCCUCAUCUUCCUCAUCAGGUACCCCAAAGUGCAGGCCAAAAUGCAAGAAGAAGUGGAUCGGAUUGUUGGCAGAGACCGCCUGCCGUGUGCUGAAGAUCAGCCCCGCUUGCCCUACAUCAUGGCUUUCUUGUACGAGUCCAUGCGGUUCAGCAGCUUCGUGCCCGUUACCAUCCCGCACGCCACCACCACCAACACCUUCAUAAUGGGCUACCUCAUUCCCAAGGACACCGUGGUAUUUAUUAAUCAGUGGUCAGUGAAUCACGACCCAGCAAAGUGGUCCAACCCAGAGGACUUUGACCCAACGAGAUUUCUGGAUGAGAACGGCUUCAUCAACAAAGAUCUCACUAGCAGCGUGAUGAUUUUCUCGAUGGGAAAGCGGAGGUGCAUCGGGGAGGAGUUGUCCAAGAUGCAGCUGUUUCUCUUUACCUCCAUACUGGUGCAUCAGUGCCAUUUUACCGCUAAUCCAAAUGAGGAUCCAAAAAUGGACUUCAUUUACGGGUUGACCAUUAAACCGAAGCCGUUUACCUUGAAUGUUACGCUUAGAGAUACUAUGGAUUUGCUUGAUAAGGCUGUCCAGAGACUGCAAGCAGAGAAAACAGCCAACGAAAGUCAGCUGUCUGCAAACACCUAAGCACCGAGCCUCGCAUCUAAAGAUACUUCCUCUGUCUUCUUAGAAUUAAAUAAGUUAUAGUUUGUUUUGCUGAUUUUUUUUUUUUUUUUUUUUUUUUGGGAAAACAGCCAACAUUGCAAGGAACAAGAGCAGAAAGGAAAACUUCACAAGACAUAAUUCAGUACUCUCUAACUCUAGGAGAGCCAGGGUAAUGAUUUAAUAUAUUAAACAUUAAACAUACGCAGUUUGAAAGCAAGACUUUCAUUUCCUUGCAUGUUCACAGAAGUUGCCAUUGUAAAGCACAUUAUAUCUACUGACUGGUUGGAUGGAGCACCUCUGGAAACUGGUGAUACAAUCCUUUCCGUGUCUCCACACGCUGUGCCUUAACUCUAACUUUGCCUUCAGUGACUCCACAUCCCAAAGUAAGAUCUCAUACUAACAAAACAAAACACACAGAAACCACCCAGCCAAACACGCUGGGAAUAUUGUAGCCUCCCUCUGAAUUCACCGUCCUGGAAAGAGCCAUAAGCAUGUGGCAAGCCCUGUGUUGUGACUGCUGGGGAUGUACAUUAAUGCCUCAAUAAUAAAUGUUUGAAUGAGUUUUGGGAAAAUGCCAAUGUAAAGUCUUGCCUUUAACGUUCCAAAGUGUUUACAUAAAUGACUAAAAAAAAAGACUUGCUUAUGAGCACAACAUUUCAAAAUACAAUUCAUAUUUUAUAUGCGGAUGAACAGAAUGUCCUGAUACAAUAACUUUUCAUUAACUUUUGAAAGGAAAAGUCAAGUUUGAUAUGUCACCAAAUAGCAAACGUGAUACAAUCCAUAUGCUGAUAUGUUCAUUAGUGUGAAGCAAAGAGAUAUUUGAAUUAGAAAGCUCUUGUAAAGGAAAAGCUGAACUUUUUGUUUCUCAUGCAAAGUAUUAAUGCCCUGUCCCUUGACACAUAGGUAAAUCAUUUAAGAUUCACACGUUCCAAAGUAUGCAGAAGUGAGAAUUUGGGGGUUCUACAUUGAAACACUCGUGCCACAAGUAAUGCCUACAGUAAAUACAGGCCAGCUCACCACUCAUUCUGUUAGGCUGAGUUUAACAGUGCAUCCAAAAAUUAACUACAUAGUUUUUCUUCUGAGACUUUGUUCCAAGCAAAUCAUGCUAAAACUAACAUUACACAUCCUGAUUGCUGUACAUAUUAACUGAAGAAAAAGGUACUUCUAACUUCUUUUGAUGAGGCAAAUGGUUAAAACAAAAAUCUAAACUAUUAUUUUCAAGUAAAACAUGUAUGUGAAACUUUAUGGCCUUGAACCUCUGGUUAAUGUUUGUGCACACAAAGCAGCCUAUAAUUCUCUGAAAAACAAGCUGUCAUACAUAAACGCCUGAUUUUGAAAUGUGUUGGGCAUUUCCGAGGAGAUACAGAUCACCAUAUGACAUCCAUCAGAAACGAGCGUACCUCACGAACCAAGGUGUUUGUAGAUACAGAAACACAAGGGCUCAGUGCUGCAGAGUGAGGUGAGACCCAAGCAAGUCAAGGGUUGCAGGGCCAGGUCUUCUCAGACUUCAUCACGUUGGCAGCAGUGACAGUGCUGCUGUUGUAAUAGCCUGAACUAAGUCUAGCAGUACUGCCCCACGCAGUAGUGCUGUAACCACUUCAGGUCUCCGAUUUCAUACGGCAUCAAUUCCCUUUUUUCAAAGCUUAAGCACACACAUGAACAACAAAACGCUUUCUUUGCCAUGCAAAAAGAGUAACCUCAGGUGUUUUUCUGAAUUAUGUACAAGUCUGUGAUAUCCCAGAACUUAGCCUAUACCUGUGAAAAGCUUUAUAUGAUACUCAACGUUUCCAUAUAGAGAUCUACAUUAGAUCAAAUACUAGCAAGACAGUUUUCUUUAUGCCUUUCUAAGUAUCAUUAUUAAAAAAAUAAAGGAUAUAACCUGUAACUGAAUAGUUAGUAUAACUGAAGGAUCACU